UUGAUCACAUGAUCAGAAAAUGGCGGCGCCCUUGGGUUCAGCACUGACGAAAAUCGGGACAAGAUUUUGCUGCCGACUGCGACGAUUUAAGACACUUAGCAGCAUUCAAUGUAUCCCAAGUUCGAGUAUUUCACAUUUAUGCAUCGAUAGGCAUUACUGUCUGCAACAUUCAACACCAGAUUUUAUCAAAAACCAGAGAAAUUUCUCAUCAUUACACAAGGAUAGAAAAUGCUGGAAAUGUGGUAGUCCUACCGACGAAGAAAAAGAACUGUUCUUUUGUAACUGUGGUGUUGUACAGAGUGUUCCAGAAGAUCUUACAUAUUUUAAAGUAAUGAACUGUGAAGAGAAGUUUGAUAUAGACACAAACAGUCUUUCUAGGUUGUACAAAGAUCUUCAAAGAAAGCUUCACCCUGAUAAAUACAGCCAACGUUCUAAAGAGGAGCUAGCAUUAGCCGAGCAACAGUCUGCCUUUGUCAACAGAGCAUAUAAUACACUACUCAAACCCCUAACUAGGGGUCAGUACCUGCUGGAAAUUCAUGGUGACCCAAUUGACGAGUCCACUAGUGCAGUAAAUCCCAAUUUCCUCAUGGAGAUUAUGGAGUUUAAUGAAGACAUUGCUGAAGCUGUUGGAAAUAAAGACGCUGUGGGACAACUUGAUAAUAUAAAUAGUUCAAGAAUGGAAAAAUGUGUAGAAGAGGUUUCAAAGGCAUUUGCAGCUGAUGAUGUGCCCAAGGCUAAAGAAUGUUUGAUUAAGUUGAAAUAUUUUACCAACAUUGAUGACAAAAUUAAGGAUAUAUUUAGAAAACAUAUGGAUCAAUAAGUUGUAAUCUCAGUAUUAUAUUUUAUAUCAAAAUCCUUACUUCUCUAUCAUAUUUUGUUUACAGUAACUGUGAAAUCAUUAGCAUAAGUGUGGCACCAAUUUUCAUGGAUUUUGCAGUUGUGUCAACCCACAAGUUUAACCCUUUCCAUGCUAAAUGUCUAUUUAUAAUGAACUUGUCCAUCUUUCGGUUUUGGAAAGUACCAUUAACUGUUAAAAAGGGUGCUUACCAAAAAGAUAAUGACUGAAUGGCAAAUAGUGCAGAUCUUGAUCAGACUGCAUGGUGGUACAGGCCAAUCAUGAUCUACACUGGUUGCAAACUUUUUUAAGACAGAAUCAAUCCUGUCCGGCAUGAUAAGGGUUAAAUCUCAAUAAACAAGUAAAACUCCCAUUCACUUCAUGUUAAAAAGUUGAUAUCCACAAAGGCAAAUUCCAGCAAAACAUUCGUUUUGGCCUGAAACCAUGAAAUUGUAUGCCCACAAUAUUCAAAUGAUUUCACAGUAUAUUAUACCUCCUACCUCGGUUUUGUUUGAGAUUCCGGUGAGUUUAGUUUAAGUGCUUAUUAGAUUAAAAAAGUUGCAAAUCUUACGUUGCAGAAGUUUUAUGUUUUUUUCUGGGUUGUGAUUUGUUGAAUUCAAUUCUUAUUGUUACCUGAUAAUGUUCUAGUUUUGUUGAAAGUAACACAUGUGUAAACUUAGUUCCUUUCGAAAGAGAAUGAUAGACCAAACUACAGACCUUUAAUUAAGGACUUCCAUGUUAAGCAGGGAUUUCAUUAAUCAUUGAGGUAAAAGAUGGAAGUUGUAAAGUAAAGGGUGGUUCAGGGGGCCCAUCCAUUUAGAAGUUAAUUUGCUACUGGGCUUAAGACUACUAUAAUAGAAGGAAAUUCUCAUCCCAACGCCAUGUUGAAACCCCUGAUAACUAACUGCUUGGCUGGAAGAAUAUAAAUAUAAUGACUAGUCAAAUUAUUGAAAAAUUGUUAAAUUGUUGAAUUCUAUCUGGCAAGUGUUCUAGUCCCAUUUGUCUUCUAUGUUUAAGUCACUUUGCCCAUUUUUAUUUCAGAUAAUUUUCAUUAUUUUUAUUUCAUUUUUGUUUAAUUUUUAUCAAGACAGGCAAUUUUUAAGAAAAAUAGUUUUGAAACAAGUGUACAUAUGGUUUGAUUUAUUACUAACAAGAUAUGUUUAAGAUCCCAUUUCCGCUUUACAAUCAGUUGUGUAUGAAAGAUUUUAAAAAGAGGGACUUAAACUUUUGGCAAUUUAUUAAGAUAUCUUGACAAAUACACAAUGUCACGCUUUUUACUUUGAGCAUUCUUUAAUAGAUUUUCAUUCUUAAGUCUAAUUCUUAAGUCUGUGAAAUUUUAACCCUUACCCUGCUAAAUUUCUAUAAUGGACAGGUCCAUCUUUCAAUUUGGACAGUACCACUUAUUAUUCAAAGGGGUUUUCACUGAAAAUUUACUGACUGAAUAGCGAACAGUGCAGACCAUGAUCAGACUGCACGGAUGUGCAGGCUGAUCUUGGUCUGCACUGGUCGCAAAGGCAGAAUCAUCUGCCACCAGCAGGCUAAGGGUUAAAACCUUUAUUUUCAAAAACCAACACAAAAUCAGUGAAAAUGAAUAAAGGACUGCAGUGUUUUUUUUGCAAUUUUUUGUACAAUUUUGAAAUACAGAUUACAAAUUCUUGGUAAAAAGUCUUAGCUUUAAUCCUAGAAAGGUGAUUGUAAAGCAAACCAGAGUUUCAGUCAUUAAUUUUUGUUUGAUUGGUUUCUGAAAAUAAUUUAGGAACUUUAAAACUUCCUAGACCUAAGAAAAGAUGUCUAUUAAAGAAUGCUCAAAGUAAAAAAAACUUGUGUAUUUUUCAUGAGAAAAAUUACAUUCUGGUAAAAUAUUAUCUUGCUGUUAAAGCAACACUUUUUAUGACAAAACUUUUUCUUCCAGAAAUUGGAAAAAAAUGUGAAGUUGGCCAGUGGUUCAAACUUAUAAUGAUGUUUUUUUUUUUCAAUAUAUCCAUAUAAGAUAUUACCAAAGAUAUUGUGAAGAAGGGAGAAAAUUAUUUGUAACUGUUUUGAAAACAAUGGAGAAAAUCAACCUUCUUCCUGCAAUAUCUAACACUUACUUAGUCAGGUAAUAUUAACUUGUAUACUAUACAAAAGAUGAUGUUGAAAAUUUUCAACUUAGCUAUGAGUGAGUAGCUUUAAUGAUAUAAAAAGAUUGCUGAAGCAUGUAGUCUUUAUACAUUUAUGUGAAAGUAAAAGUUAUAAAAAAGUGAUGUGAUAUAGAGUUAUCUUUAUCUAAAGGUAUUCUUUGGUGUGAUGCAAUGCAAAUAAUUAAAGAUUCUCAGAAGU